GGAGAUGUAUCCUUCAACUUAUGAUGGUGGUGUUAAGUAUGAAACCAGUGGGUUUCCGGGUCCAAUGAACGUCUCCCCUUGCCCACCUCCAUUCUCCGCUGCUGCUGCUCGUGGCACGACGGCACGGUGGUCGACGGGACUUUGCCACUGCUGCGACGACCCUGCUAAUUGUCUGAUCACUGGCUUCUGCCCUUGCGUGACGUUUGGACAAAUUGCCGAGAUCGUGAGCAGGGGUGCCGUUUCUUGUGCAGCGAGCGGGUUCGUGUACGCAGUGUUGGCUCUGACGGGCUUGCCAUGCAUGUAUUCGUGCUUUUACCGGUCAAGAAUGAGAGGGCAGUAUGACUUGGAGGAGGCGCCCAUCGCCGAUUGCCUGGUUCACUUCUGCUGCGAGCCUUGCUCGCUUUGCCAGGAGUACCGAGAGCUCAAGAACCGCGGCUUCGACAUGGGCAUUGGUUGGGAAGCAAACAUGGACCGGCAACAGAGGGGGAUGGCAAAUGCUCCCACUGUAAUAUCAGGCAUGAAUCGGUGAAGCUGAGAACUGAGGACAAUCUGCACAGGGAAGACUACGGCGUUUUGCCACUUCUU